GUGUUGUGAAGCCGGUUGAGAGGAGAGCGUCGUUUUGCUCGUUGUAGAACUUCAAAAUUUAUCCUAUAUUUAAUCAGCUGGUGUGUAAGAGUAAAACCAUUUCUGGAAGACUCGUGCUGCCUUUGAAAUUAGUGGAAAUUUGAGUGAGUGAGUUGGAAGCGCAUGGUUUUGUUCCGCACGGAAGUGUGUAUCAAGUUCAUGGGAUUUCGGACAUGCAAUGAACCACUGAAGAUUUGAGCCGGUGGAGAUCGAGAAUCUGAUUUCAAGCGUUGGAAAAUGGAAUCUGUCAAGCUUCUCUCGUCCUUGAUCUUGUGCUUCGCUCUUUGUCAAGGCUUGGUGGUUGCACAACAACAGUUCAAAGAUGAGCCCCAAUACACCGAAGUGAAUCCAGGAGCCGAUGCCACUCUCACAUGCGUGGUCGAGAAUAUUGGUGGGGAUUGCCGAUGGCAGAAAGAUGGAAAGCCUGUGGGCAUCUACGAGGGUAAAUACCAGUGGUCUUCCACGCCCAAUUUGGGUGAUUGUAGCCUCGAUGUUCUCGAAGUGAAUAUCACGUACGACGAUGGAUUGUGGGAAUGUCAAGUGACCAGCUCGAGCUUUGCUUCUCAAGAUGCUUUGGCAUCCCAACCAGCCAGAUUGGUGGUUCGAGAACCUCCACGCUCGUUUGCCAUCGUUCAGAAUGAGGACUCCAUCCAACCUGGAGGACAGAUCACACUCGUAGAUGGACAGGUGGAAAGCCUUCGUUGCGAAAGUCGGCACAGUAAUCCCCCACCCAAAUUGAAAUGGUACCUUGGGGAUCGAGAGCUUCAGGCAGCCAUUCAAACCAACGAAACCGAGGAAGAUGAUCAACGCAGAUGGAAAUCCAUCUCGACGCUUCAGCACAAGUUCGCUAAAACCGACUUUGGCAAGCCACUGAUGUGCAAGAUUGAACAUCCCGCUUAUCGGACAGGAUCGCAAGAAACCACGGUGGUCCUCGAUGUUCUGUACAAGCCAAUCGUGUCGGUGUCCCGGACAACGGACGAGAUGUUGGAAGAAGGUCGGAGUUCGGUCACUUUGGAGUGCCAAGCCGAUGCCAAUCCUCCGGCGAGGAUCUUCUGGAAGAAGAUGGGACCAGCCGAGCAACGACAAUACACAGAGCGUCUGGAAUUCAACCCAGUGAUGCGGAAGGACUCUGGAAGUUACAUUUGUCAAGCCGAAAAUAGCCUCGGGCUCAGUAAUGAAGAACCCGCCGAGAUCGACGUUCUCUAUCCUCCCAAAAUCCUUCGAGUCACUCCCAUGGGUGGGUCCACAGUUGGCGUGCACAAUCGCACUAUCCUGUCCUGUUCAGCCGAAGGUAAUCCUGCACCCAAAUACCAAUGGCUUCAGAAAUUGCCCACUCAGCAGGUUCUCAAACGAGGUUAUGAAGAGCGACUCAUCCUCGAGGACACCACGUAUGAUCAUCAGGGUGACUAUGUGUGCGAGGCCAUUAACAUGAUUGGAGGCCAAAAGAAGAUCGUUCAGAGCGAGCCAGUCCAUAUUGAAGUUCGAGGAGCGCCACAAGUCCUCCGAUAUAGUGUCGCCAAGGAAGUGGAGGCCAUUAGUGGUCGGGACGUCCGAUUGGAAAUGGAUGUUUGCUCAGACCCUGUUCCUAGCCGAACCACAUGGGACUGGGGAACGCACCGUGUAGAUGCCGGACAAGACCUCCAUGGAAGGUACCUGGCUGAGCAAAUGGUGGAACAUCCUGAGCGUGAAGAUUGCUACGUGGCACGGCUUUUGGUCCGCAAAGUGAGUCCAUCCGAUUCGAAGCGUUACUUUUUGGACGUGGAAAAUAUCCACGGCACGGAUCGGUAUGCCAUUGGUCUCAUUGUCAAAGCCUCUUCCUCAGAUCCCGUUUCAAUGGCCUCGGUGAUUGGCGUCGUGAUCGCUUUGUUGGUUCUCUUUGUUCUCAUGGUCAUCGUUCUCCUGUAUGCUUACAAACGGCAAAAGAUGUGCUUCAAAGAUGGUUCCAAGUUGGACAAGGAGAUGCAAAGUGGGGAGCACCAUAAUGGAUAUGAGGCAGAGAAGACGAUGAAUGGUCGGGGAAAUGGAUACACCAACGGCAAUGGUGUAAACAACUCCAGUCUCAGUGGACCCUUGCCACCAGAUGGCAUGUAUCAUGUGUCAGACAUGACUCACGGGUCUCUCAUGGACCCCAAUGGCUCGUUAGCCGAUAAGCUUUGGCCUGAGAACCCUGCUUAUCAAGUCUACAUCCCGGGUUACCAACAGCACCAUUCUAUCAUGAACCCUCAGCCCAAUUACUCUUUGGGCCCAGGGUCUCUUCGGGCCCGAUCCACGACCCCCACGGGAGGUAUGAUGGAUCACCCGGGGGGAAUCAUGGGCAAGGACAAUCGUAUGUUGUACGCUGAAUUGCAAUUUCCAGUGACCUCUAACUAUGGGAGUAUGAAGAAGAAAGGCCACCGUUUCUCGGCCAGCUCCACCAACAACACCAAUUCUACCACCGUGCUCAAUUCUUCCACGGGAGAACCCUCUCCGACUUCAGAAAUAGACAACAACUCAACCUUGCCCAUCAGUCAAAGCAUGGACAACAUGCAUCGGUAUUUGCCGGAUUAUCUAACUAUUAGCAACCGGAAGACGGCCGUGUAAACUCAAUCUUGUUUCGAAAACCAUGAACAGAGAGACUUUCAUCCCAAGAGACGAGAGGUUCCCGCAUGACCUUGACUCGCCAACAAAACAAGAAGCUCACUAGUCAAUGCCAUUUACGAUAAUGAGUGUCAGUUCUAUUCUCGCAAUAAGAUCCUUACAUACUAUAUUCAAACAAAAGUGACUCUGGAUGGCAAAUGGGACGCGACGAUAAUGUUGUCAUCAAGGGCGUGAAAUAACCAAAGAAGCAAUUGAUUCUGUUCCUCAGUGAAAACAAACGCUCGUUUUCUUUCAGCAGAGCCUGCCAAAACAAAGUGUAUCAAACGUUUAGAAGAAAAAGAAAAUGAAAAGUAAUCUCAAUUGAUUGCAUACACAGCUUAAUUUUGUAUCUCCAGCUUUUAAUCAAGACCCGUUUUUGAUAUUUAACCAUUUAUGUGUGAAUGAGACCAAUAAUGAUUCGUUCCGUUUCUCCUCUCGGCUGAAAACCAUGUUUAAGUCGUUCCACUCAUGUGUAUUCAUUCCUCUAUGUAUGUCCAUAUGUCAAAAUUCUACAAUACAUACUCUCACAGAGCAGUAGACAACUACUACCCCUUCUUGCGCCCCCUUCCUACCCAAAUUGACCCCCUUUGUUCAAAAUGCACCAGAAUAAACGUCAAACUCCAAGCAUGA